UUAUCUUUACGGGAAGGUUAAUUCAAGGCUGCGAUACGAAGGUUAAGUGUAAGGAUAAAUCAGUUUUUUAAAGAUUACUUUAUCUUUCAUUCUUUUUGGCCCCCGUGCAAGAAUUGUAAAAACACGUUGUCUUCAGUUUUAAGUGAAAAAUGCUCGGAUUCAGUUUGAGAAGUGUAGUCGGUUUGGUGGGCCGAAACCGAAGCAUACCCAAAAAUGUUUUCAAACUGACCAUCAGCAACUGCAUAAACAGCAGAGGUUUCUGCACGAACGCCGAUGUGAAUAAUUACGAAAACGUCGAUUACGAAGGUAUUACAAAAGGCGAUGAAAAUCUUAAGAAAAACCUCAAAGUCAUUAUGCUAGAAUUUGAACUGCUACGACAAGAAUCGAACAAAGUUCCAUCUUUAAUGACAAAUGAAAGAUGGUCCGAGCUUCUCAAUGCCAAGUCGAAAAGACAAAGGAUAAAACAAAUCAAUUUUUGGUGGGUGAACGAGAAAAAAAAGGAAAACGAUAAGAAAAAAAAAGAAGAGAAGAAGGCGAAGUGGUUGGCGACGCAGCCUGAAAUCGAAGAAAACACCCACAUAAAAUAUGGGUUUGGAGGAUCUAAUAUAUUCUUAAGGAUAUAUGAAUCUACGAUGGACAGGUGGAACAAUGCAAAACUGAUCGAAGCAAUGAUGUUCGGCCAAGAAAUUAUAAUUGAUUGCGGCUACGACCAACACAUGAAUAACAGGGAAGCGGCCAAUUGCGCUAAACAACUCUUGAUACUCUUCAGCGAGAAUAGGCGCCACAAAUCGCCUUUCAGUUUGCACUUUGUCAAUGUGGACCGGGAUGGCUACAUGAUGACUAGAUUCGCAAAGCAAAUACCAAUUCUGUACAACGACGAUUUCCCUAUUAAUAUUUCUACAAAAAGCUAUUUAGAUAUGUUUCCAAAGGAAAAGCUUGUCUAUCUGACACCUCAUUGUCGAGAAGAGCUGACAACAUACAACCAUGAUGAUAUAUAUAUUAUUGGUGCAAUGGUCGAUAAGGAAAAUUGCAAACCGUUUUCUCUUGGGAAGGCCAAGGCCGAAGGGCUCCGCAUGGCCAAGCUUCCGCUCGAUAGAUAUUUAGAUUGGAAUUUGGGUUCAAAGAGUCUCACCUUGGACCAAGUUUUGAAAAUCAUGCUGGACAUGAAAGUCACAGGAAAUUGGGAGACGUCCUUGCAGCACGUACCAAAGAGAAAACUCAAGGAUGACUUUGAGCCUAAAGUACAUUUCCUCAAGAAGAAGUUCAAAGACGAAAGUUUUAGUGAGAAAUUACUGAAGAGUAGGGAUAGAAAACACAAAACUUUUGAUAUUAAACAAGUGUAUAAUUAAUUUAUUAUAGUGAUCACUUUGGUCAUUAUUAAACAUUGAUGUAUAUAUUAUUUUUUAGUAAAUGAUUUGUUUUUGUCAUAAUUUUAA